AAAAAACACAAUUACAAAUGGCGUUUACGUAGUGUAGACAGAUGUAUUCACGGCCACGAUGGGCGAUGAUUCUUUGAUAUUACGGGAAGAUGGCUAUAUACGUAUGAACUUUUCUGUAACUUCUCUCACGUACCACAGUAAUCUUAAUAUUAUAUUGGUGAAGACUGAUGUGGGUAGUGUACACGUUUUGGAUGUGAAUUCGGGUGUGAUACUGCAGUCUUCAUGUCUGUCAGCGGACGAAGCUGGUACGUUGGGAGUAGAGUACGCUUCCGGAGCGGACCGAGUUUUUGUGUGGGAUAGUAGUGGUAUUGGUGCACGCACUGAUUACAAUGGAGUGUUAUUACUUCAUACAGCUCUGCAACGUCCCCUGCCAAUUUCUCAUACUGAAAAAAACAUAAAGAUUGAACUUGUCUUAUCUGAGGCUGUGCUCCUGUAUCAAUGUCUUCAGAGCAUAGAUGCACAUUUUAUAGUAGGGCUUUCUGAUUUUAUCACUGAGUUGAAAAGUGCUAUUGAUGCUGAACCAGUCCGAAAAGGCGUCAAAGCCCAAAAGUGGAGUACAGUAACAAUAUGCCUGUCACUAUCAACUUUACGACUGGUGGCAGCUAGUGUUGUCCAAGAGCUCAAAGGACAGAGCCGAAGAAUUCCAGCCUUAGCUAUUGCAUCAGCUGUAGGGCAGAGAGCCAAUGAACUAGAUCCAUCAUUAAGGGAUGAUGAGAAUAGACCCUUGAUGAGCUCCGAGGCUGAAAGGAAAGAGACAUUCAAAAGAUGGCCCCACAUGGAUUACAAAUGGGCUCUCCCAGCUCGUAUGGCACAGGCAGGAUUCUACCAUCAACCAUCACCCAGUGGCGAUGACCGCGCCAUGUGCUUCGCAUGUAACGUGUGUCUCGUUUGCUGGGAGAAGAGUGAUGAGCCUUGGGUUGAACAUGAGCGCCAUUCACCUAAUUGCUCCUUUGUUAAGGGAGAGUACACACACAACGUCCCCAUAUCAGUGACAAAUGCUACAGCUUGUGCAGUACCAUGUCCCAAUGUAGCAGUAGUGUCUAAAGGUAACACCGGUGAUCUUAUCGCCACAGGCACUGUUGAGGGAAAAGUAAACAUAUGGAGAUUCGAUUGUGGACUGAAAUUAGUCAAAUUUGUACAUGUUUCACCAUAUGACUCAAUUUUCAGUGGAAUUCUCACUACAGAUUACAAUAAAGUGUGGUCUACAAGCUUAGAGAAAGAUUCUUCUACAUAUAGCAUAGAAUUGACUGCAAUGACUUUUGCUGGAAUGACAACUCAAUCUGAGAACUACACUCAGGGACAAAAUCUAGAAAACAUUGAGAAAGAUCCAAAUAUAAACAAGACCAAACCAUCACUUAUAUGUGCUGUCAUUAUAACGAGAACAAAUCUCCCUGAACCCACUUUACCUGUAAAAGAUGAAAGUAGCAAAGCCCUCUUCGAUUCUGGAGCACUGUCUGAAGAAAAAGUACAAGCAAUGAACGAUCGAAAUGAAGCCGAAAAUAGCAUGGGACUGACAGAAAAAAUACUGUUUUUGCUCACUUAUGAUAUCCACAGUUCCUCAGCAGGGUCAAUCACUGCUGUUGUACCAACAUCCAAUAACAGUGCCAAUUCCAAACCAGGUGGUAGCAAGAAAGUUUGCUCAGUAACGAGGACUGACGAUGCACAUAUUUAUGACGAAAUUUACUUCCAAUAUUCUGAUGAUGACACAGAACUACCACAGUGUACUAAUACACUGAUUGACGAACAAAUAAGUAAUGUAAUAAAUUUGAAUGCAUCAUCAAGUAAGGACGACUGUAAAAAUUGGGGCGAAACUAAAAAGAUUUUUUUAACGAAGCAUUUUAAAGUUAUGCCACCCCCUCCACCUUCGGCAUUGUUGCCUGAACUGCAAGAAGCUGGCCCGGUUAGUAUCAUAGAUAUAGUAGGAAAGAAGAUGUCCCAAAUUAAAAACUGGAAAAGUAUGGAGAGUGCUGGUACCAAAAUAGUUGAUCAAACAGAUGCGGUCUUACAAGCUGACCCUUUUGUUCAUUAUCUGAAUAUGAGUGGACCUGUUGAAAUUCCCGAUUUUAAAUGGUACGAAAGUGGAGAAAGUACUGAGAAGAUCAAGUUUACUACAAUUACUGGAAGUAGCAAAUUAGGAACUCAAACGGCUGCAACAAAUACGAAUGACGGAUUUGAAAAUGAUCCGCCUCAGGAAGAAGCUAUCUCUCACGGAGUGGCAGUACAAUGUCUGACAUUUCCGUCUACGUUAACUCUCAAAGAUAAUCCCAGAGUGACACAUUUGAUGCCCACGGAAGAUAGAGAUCAUUUGUUUGUUGUUAUAUCUCAUGUUGAUCUUCAAAAACUAAGACUUGAAGACGAUACCGACAACGAUGGGGAUACGAAAAUGGAAGUGGAUGAUGCAGACUUGGAAAAAAAGGCGGAUCUAAAAGCUUAUUUCAUCCUAUAUAGGCUAAACACUAAAACUUCAAUUUACACAUUAGAAGAUAAUCCAAUGUCAAUUCAAGAGUUGCCCUACAAUGAAACUCCAAUAGAUUUAUGUUUAUUGCCACCGGAUAAACAUGAACAGUACUCCUUUGCAUCUGUUGGUAUUGAUGGUUGUUUGAGGUUGUACUCUUUGCCAGACUUCAAAAUUAUAUCUGAAAAACGAGUGCCAAAAGGACCUUUCACAUCAGUAACAUACUGUGCUUCAGUGGAAAGAUUGAGUGUGGCAACUAAACAUGGGAUCAUUUAUUUCUAUGCACUUAAUAAUGGAGAAAAUGAUUCAACUGGUGAUAUUGAUGAUGACGAUUUUGCUAAUAUUGAUUUUGACAUGCUUCAACGAGCACCUCGAGAUGAAGUUUGUGGACCAACACCUACGCCUAUUAUAAUAGCAAACAAAUCUGAACUAGAUACUAAUGAUUUGGAAACUUUGAUCAGCGUAACGGGGUUGUAUGGUACUAAUACGACUGUGCCUUACAGUGCAGUAGUGCCUGGUUUCUGGUGUGAAUUAUCACCUGCACAAAGACCAACAUCGGAUCACCAAAAUAAUAGAACUUGGCGAUUACAGAAUACGUCUUCAACUUGGGAUGAACAUGUUCUGGAGUUGACAUUACCAUACAGUGUCUCGUUAGCUCAUAUUGAAUUUAGCUUCACUUUGCAUACGGCAUCUACAAGUAGCUUACCAAUGAUUUUAGUAACACUUUUGAAACAAAACUUACAGGGGAUUGGUUACAAAAAAGAUGCUUCGUUUGAACCCAAAUCUGAUUCCCCAGAACAGAAUACAACUGAGGAGCCAAAUGUCCAUAACACAGAUAUACCUGUAAACAGUGAAGAAUAUUUACAAGCACAAAAUGUUGAAAUUUUAGCUGGUCCAUUAUUACUCUCUACUGGCUUAGAUUUGACACAACAGUCUGGAACGUUGAUACUGACAAGCCCUAGAUUAUAUAGGGCGAGGGGUAGAACGUUUUUAAUCCACAUUAAGACUUUAUUUGAUCCAGCAAAGGAUAUGAAUAAAGCCAAUACGAAAACUGGGGAAGGAUCUAAAAAAUCUGGAUUCAUUGGAUGUGACUGGUUGCAUCAGAUCUCUUUAACUGUUCGCUCAAGCCCUCAUACCAAUGUGCCUAUGGAACGUCAGCAGAGGAUAGCUAUGCUCGAAUCUAAUACAUUUUUGAACACAUUGUUUGAAAUAGCUAUAGACAAAAAUGAUAUUAACAAGAGAAAACUCGCACUGGAUCUCAUAAUAUGGGUUGUGUCUAUUAGACUUCAAAGGAUGCGAUUAGGAUCUAGUGACAAAGUAAAGAUCAAAAGUGUCGAAGCUAAUCAAUUAGAAUGUAUUAAAAUAGUUGAGAAAAACAUAAAUUCAUUAAUAAAAACCUGUAUUUUAUGUGGAAACCGCAGUCUUGCCAAAAAAUGUAUGAAAAUUAUACUAGUAACCAGCGAGGGUGACAAACAAGUGCCUAGACCAUGGAUGUCGACUUUUGACGCGACGCUAUCGGGCAGCGUCACGGAGUGCAUUCCCUACCUGGGUGCGUGCGAGUCUCCGGGUGCCCUGCGGUGGCUGGUCACUCUGGCACAGCACUGCACGCAUCGCUCCACGGCACCCGCCCUGGUCUCCCGGUGCCAAGUUCUACUUGAGAAAACAGCUCGUUGCCUGCGAGAGCGAGCUAUCGUCUACCACGACUUGCUAAGAGCCAGAUUUGGGCUGUACGGUUUGCCGUUGGAACGCACCCUGUUUGCAACCGAAGUACCGGAGCUUGGCCGGGGUACGCCCGCUCCCGUCACGUACGCCAGCGUACUCUCUGGCGAUAAUACGACACCACAGCCGCCACCACCACCACCGCCUCCAAUACCGAAACUUGAUCACCAACUGAAGGAUUUACUUAAUUUACCAUUAGAAAUCGAUUUAAAAGCGACUCUGUCUCCGUCUGCGUGGUGGGCGCAGAGCAACAGCGUGGCGGUAUUCGGCUCGGGGCUGUGCGAGUCCAUGCCGCUGCACGUCACGUGUCAUAUCGCCUCCGACGGCACCAAGCUGGAGUCCACUGGAGGGAGACACUACCCUGCUGUGGUCAGCACCCUGCCUGGACCUGGCUCUGCAGAUCCCAAUCAGGAUCAAGAACAGUGCAACAUACCUUGGGCCUCUCUGGUUACACGGCCGCCUCAACACACCCUCAUUGUGGAAAGAAUGCACUCGGGCGCUAGGAGAUACAUUAUAUUGGAUUUCGGACACACAGUGCGACUUACUGAUAUCAUAAUUCCAGCGUGCCCCGAUUUAGUAACACUAGGCAUUGAUAUCUGGACCAACUGUGAAGAAACUAACUCGGUCAAACUAGCAUAUGCCACUGACAUAACCAAUAAACAUCUCGUCCUCACUGAUAUACAACCUCCGCCUCUUUGCCGAUAUAUGAAGAUAACUACAAUCGGUCGUUAUGGUAUGUCUGCCAUGAAGUGUAAAAUACCACUUGGCUGGUUCUAUGGCGAGAUAGUUGAUAUUGCUAAUGUUCCAGCGUCCAUUAAUGCACUCAACGCACUGCACCAAGAUUUGACUUGUAGAUUCAGGUUGGCGACAGGCAAACUAAUGGACCUCCUAAAUCCGUAUCUGGAACUGUACAAUGGUAAUGCAGUCCACAUGAUGUCUUACCUGAAUAGUACAAUGGAUAACGAAGGAAAAGUUAUAACAGCUUACCACGAGUGUAUAGAGCUCCAGCAACAGAUACAUACAUGUACUAAUGUUUUGAAGAAACUACAGAAUAAAACAGAUAGCACCCGAAGCAUACCAGAGCUGAUUGCGAAAGGAAAGGUGACCACUGAAGGUCUUCUUCAGAUGUGCUCGACAGAUAAACUUAGAGUUAUCACAGAGAAUAUUGUGGAUAUGUUGCUUUAUUUCUAUUUCCAAAUUGGUGAAAUACAAUACGAGGAGGUGACUCUGGAAUGGUGUCAGAAAGUGACUCCGAUGCUAUGGGAGUGGAGCGGGCGGAACGCGGGCGCGCUGGCGUCGCUGUUGGCGCGUGCGUGCGGCGCCGCGCCCUGGUGGGGGCCGCACGUCGCCGACACCCUGACCGACGCCUUCGGGGCCUACGACGCGCCGCCCAUCGCGCUCGACAGGUGUCUGGUGCUGAUAAUGUACAUGUGCCGUAAGAGCGUGCUGUCGGACACCGAGGGAGGCGUGUGCCCGGCGCUCGCGACCCGCACCCUGGAGCUGCUGCAGAGCGGGAGACCACAACCGGCGCUGACGGCUGCACUAUUGACUGCCUUGUCAGCUGUUCUAGAUGCUGUGUCUGCAGUCACCAAUAAACAUACCAGAUGGGACUGGGUGACGGGCGGGCGGCCCGGCGCCAGCAGCGGCGCCGACACCAGCGCCACGUCGCCGCGCGUGGCCGACUGCCGGCUGCACAGGCGCAAGCUGCACAAGAAACUGCUGCACCAGGUGCGCGAGGUCGAGGCUGCCAAGACCGGCAUGCAGGUCGCUUUGGAAGAUCAACAGCUAUUACAAAGAGCUCGCAUGAGUCUUAAAGCUCGACUAGCCGUGGCUGGUAAGCGUGCGCUAAAAGCUGACGUCAUAGGCUCGGGCGCUGAUUUUCCACCGCCCAGACCUCUGUCUCCCGCGCUGGCCGGGCAACUGGCCCAAGCACUGGUGGCUCACAUCCUGGCAGCCGACAGUGCCAGUGACGGAGACGCAUUGUUGCUCGCCGCUAAGGUGGUGGGGCGGCUGUGCGCGCUGUCGGGCGGCGACAGUCUGCUGGAGCCCUCGUGCGUGCUGGGGCUGGCGCGCCUCGCCGUCACGCUGCCGCCCUGGCCCAGGCACGCGCUCACCACGCUGCUGCAGGAUCUGGUUGAGUACGAAGGUGGCGAAGUGAGUAGCGAAGAGUGGGGCGGCGGCUCGCGCGUCAUACACGUGGCGUCUGAGAAGAAGUCUGGGAAAACUCGCAAGAACAAGGGACCGACUGUUGCAGAUUUGCUAGCGGAUAGUUUUGGUAUGGCGAAAGGCAUUCCCAAACCGACCUGUGUCAUGCCAUCAAUGUCAAUCAAGGACAUCGACGUAGAACUAGAUUUAAAUCAACCAGAGUCCAAUGAUUCAGACUCUUCGGAAGAGAAACUCGACCAAUAUUUCUUGGAAGCCGUUAAAAAAAUCGAAUGCUCGUUUAUGGAGAACGUAGUGUCCCUCUGGUUGACCCUGAACGGCUCGGCGUGGGGCAGCGGCGGCGCCUGGUCGAUGGCCACGCUCGCAGUGCCCGUGGACAGGCCGCGAAUACGAUUGGCGUCUGAUACUGUUACGGCCUUGCUUCAGUCUCUGUGCAAAUUAGAAAACGUCUCGCUCCGCUGCUGGGUAUUAUCCAUGCAAGCCUUGGCGUGGAUCGCGAGCUUGCCCCUGCUGACUGAAGACGGCUGUCAGACUAUGGGUCGUGUGAUUUUGGAAUGUGAACACUUCGUACCCACGUUAGUGAAGUUCGUCACGAUGAACGUGAACGCUGACGGCACGGUCGCUUCGUCGGAACCUUACCUCGGCGGAGCGCAUAUAGGUGCCGGAGCCGGCGCCGCUUCGGCGCUACACUCGGUGAUGUCCCGUGUGGUGUGCGGGCGCGGCUCGGCGGGCGCGCUGGCGGCGCUGCGCACCGUGGUCGGCGUGUGGACCCGCCCCUCGCCGCCCGCCCCCGCCUCCGACUUGCACGCCACGUUGUUACGGCUCGCUCAUCCCAUGCUGCCAGUUCUGUCAUCGCAUCACCUACAUCACGCCUUACCUCUCUUCGAAACAGUCGCGCACGCUUCGUGGUGGUGGGUGUGCGAGACGAGCUGCGGGCGCGGCGAGGGCGGGGCGGAGGCGCGACUGUCGGGUCUGCUGGCGGACGCGUUGGCUGCCGGCGCCGGCCGACGGCCUCCACUGCGCCGCGCUCUUAUUGCGCAACUGUUGCACUAUUGUCGUAGGAUGCUGGCUCUACCUUUGCCGCAGAACGAUCAAUCUGCCGGAUCCUCAUCGUCAUCCUCUAAUGCGGGAUCGUCGGGUCCGGAACAGUCUCAGACAGACGAGAGCAAGGCACAAAACAACGCUCGUGAAGCCAACGUCGAAGAUGAAAGAAAACAGCAAGCGGCCCGAACUCCUUGCUUUGCUGACACCGUAUUACAACAACAUCAAAUAAUGUACAAUCUUUAUAAAACCCUGUCCAUAUGUGAUGGACUCAACAUGGCUCUCUUAAAUUCAGACAAAAACUUUUCGGACUUGAGCAUGAACUCUGAGACUGCUUCAAUGAAAGAAGAAAUGUAUUGGCUGGUGGCACAUAUCGCCGCCGCUGCUUCGAACCCAAGUCUGAUGGUUCCCAGCCUCAUCGAAUUUAUACGUAAAGAAGAUUUAGUCAAGUUAUCACAAUCUAUGCAGCUAGUCAUGAUUCGUUUACUGGACAAUCCGGAAGCUCUCGGUGCUUUCAUAGAUGCCGGAGGUUUUGAACUUGCAGUUGAGAAACUCACUGCUUGUCAUCAGGCCGGUCCGAACAGUGGACAAGGGCUCGUGUCUUCAUUGAUGAACUACCUCAAGCUUCCUCCUCAAAUAAUCAACAUGUCAACUUCAGCAAACUCUAACAAGAAAAACCAAAUGCCAGUUGUCGAGACUUCUAAUGGACUGAUCAAUAUCGCUCCGUUCUGCACGGUGACUUGCGGCAACCCGACAGCGCAGGCGGCGGACGUGCUGCUGGACGGCGGCGGCGGCGCCAACGUGCGGGCGGCGUGUGCGGCGCGACGCGUGCGGGCGGCCGCCUGGUCCUACCACUUCUUCAGCGCAGACGACGCCUCUCUCGCGAUCACACUCAACCUGCCCUACGCCGUCCAACUGCACGAGGUGCAGCUGCAGCCGCAUCUCACGAGCCUCGCCACUUGCCCUGGUGCUGUCGCAGUAGAAGCGGGCUGCGGAGGUACGCUGGCUCCGCUGGGGCCUCCUCAGACUACAGCCGGGACGACCUUCAUCCGGCUCGUUAUAUCGCGGCCUAUAGUCUGCAACACAGUACAAGUGCGCCUGUACAAGCCGAGAGACAGCUCUAAUAUGGGUCUACUCCAGUUGAAGCUACUGGCCAUGCCCGCAUUCAAUACAACGAUACCUAUCUCAGCGAAUACGAAUAAGUGGGCACGCGUGGUGUCGGCGAUGAGUGGAGCCGGAUCCCGCGUGUCGGAUGCCCAAUGGGCGGCGCUGUGCAGUGGCGGUGCGCUGGCGGCGCUGUGUGCGUGCGUGGCGGCCGGCGGGCCCGCGCAGCACCCUGCUGCCGACGCGCUGCGAGCCGCCGCGCGACACUACCCGCUCGUGCGACCCCAUCUAGUGGCAGCGCUCCUCAACAUGGACGCCCACGCUCACGCUAACGCCUUCCAAGCGAGCCGCGCAGGUCGUGCGAAUAGCAGCAUGAGCGCGAUAUGCGGCCUGGUGCGCGCCGUGUGCGCGGAGAGUGCGGCGCAGUCAGCCGCCACGUACGUACAGUGGCUGGCGGCCGCCGCCGAGCGCUGGCUGCGCACGCGCACGCCGCCCCCCGCCGCCUUCACGCACACACUCGCAAACGUUUUAUGGACAUUGAAAGAAAAACAGCUGCUGGAUAAUGUAGAAGAAUUAAUUACGGAUGAUCUCUUUGACUUGGUCUAUACUUGGAUCAAAGAAGUGCCAGAAGCAAGUCUGCUGAAGAAAUCACUUGACGCAGUUUUAUGCUCGAUGUGCUACAUACGUCCGGAACUAUUCAAGAUGCUACUUGAGCAUAUGGAUAUACCAAUGGAUCAAGAUGAAAGCAUGGAAGGCGUGACCGACGACACCAAGGUACAGGGCUCCAGCAGAGAGGGCGGCGCGGCGGACGGCGGCGUGGCGUGGCGCCUGCGCGGCUGGCAGCUGCGCACCGUGGCCUGCGCCGCCAUGUCGCCCGCCGCCACGCUCGCGCUGCUGCACUCGCGCCUGCCCGCCGCCGUCGUCACCGCCAUCGCAGAAUUCAGCGACGCUAAAUUGGAGGCAAUAAAACUUCAACGUGAUGCUCAAGGAGAUGUACCAAUGACGGAUUCGGAUAGAACCACUGGAAUGAGUAAAACUGGUUUGACAUCAAUGAAGAGUGUAUGUGAAUUAGUGGAAUGGGCGCGGCUGGUUUGCACAGAGCGUAUACUUAAGGACUGGCUCGGAGGACCGGGUUCUUGUUUCUGGACACCACUAUUGCGACUGCUUUGUUACCCGAGACACGCUGAGAGCACCUGGCACGAAGGCGCAGAGUACGCGCAACUGGAGGAAAAUACUAUACGCCUAUUUUCCGAAUUAACAGUUUGUCACCCCGCCAACCAGAAACUAUUCGCGUCAACGUUGCACAGCAUAUUGGAGUCUGUGCACUGUACAGGUCCUGAAGGCAUCAGCGGGUUCAGUCGCGCGCUGAUCCUGCGGCUGGUGCUGUCGGCGGAGCGCGUGCGCGUGGCGGUGCGCUGGGCGAGCGGCGCGACGUGCGUGGUGGGGGGCGCGGGCACGGCGCUGGAGGGCGCGAACCACCCCGCUCUGCACUGCGACGCGCUCUACUCGCUGCCGCUGCACACCUCGCUCAGGACGCUCAUCGCAGUGUCUGGCGGAUCUGCUAUAUUUUUCCCUGUGGUGGAGGAGUCGAAGCAGAGCGUGAGCAGCUCCGGCACGGCGUCCGUCCUGCGCAGCGCCUCGGAUCCCGCGAUCGGUGGCGGCGCUGAAAUGUGGGAAUUGAGUCUGGCUGCGGCUAGCGUGUCCAAAGAUAAGCGUGUUAAGGAUGUCAAAAACUCUUCCCUCAAGCACCACGCCAGCAAGAAACGGCAGACCAAAGCUGAAACCACCGUCGCGGCGGUGACCGAAGAUAUGGUCGAAGGCAACGUGCGCAUAAAAAUAGAAGGCAUAGACGCAUACGUGGGCGGCAACGUGACGCUCGGACAACUGAUAUCUUCUGUGCCGCAAGGGUACGGACCUCACCUCACCGUGUCAUUGCAUUUCGACACCACGGGGGAGGCGGUAGGACCUAUGUGGGACAAUAACUCGUCUAGCAGCGGGGUAGCGUCGAGCACGCUGGUGCGGGAGUUUGGUGCGUGCGGCGGGCUCGCGCUGGUGGCGGCCCGCCUGCCGCGCCCGCACGCCGCGCCGCCCGACCCACCGCGCCCCUCGCACCAGCAGGACCUCGACUGGGUCAAACUCGACGACGCCUAUGAGGAGGUGGUCGAGCUAGCAGUGACGUCGGGCAGUAACGGUCCCGACGAGUCGACCUGCACCGGGGUGCCGGCUCACGCGCUCAUCGCCCUGGGCUUGUUACUGAAGCUCCCUGGAUACGCCGACGCGCUGCUGGACGAAGGAGCUCGCGCUGUCCACCUGCUGCGGCUGUUGCUGGGAGUCACGCACGACGAAGAAGGACGUAGCAUAGCGGUGAGCGGCGGCGGGGGCAGCGGCGGCGCAGGCUGGUCGCUGGGCACGUUGCCGCUGGUGGUGGUGUCCCGGCUGCUGGAGAGGGCUCCGCGCGGCACGCCGGAGGGCGCGCAGCUGCGGCGCGACCUGAUGGCACUCGGGGCGCCGCGCCUGCUGCUCGCCUGUCUCGCUGUGUUUACCCACCACCAUCACGCCUCGUCCAACGACAACAGCCAAGCGUCGAACGGGUCGACGGGUAAAACUGAAGAGAAGAACCAACUGUACUGGGCGAAGGGUACCGGCUUCGGCACCGGCUCCACGCAGCAGUCCUGGAACGUGGAGCAGGCGCUCAUGCGGCAACGCACCGAGGAGGAGCACGUUACGGCGCUCCUACAAGUAUUAGCGUCGUACAUAAAUCCAUGUGAAAAGUGGCCCCCCGAAGAAGGUCAGGAGUCCUCACCGGAUACCGAGAGUGAAGCGAACUCUACUGAAGCUCCCAGCGAGGAUUGCUCAGACCUGCCUUCAGAGUUUAUUGAUCUCAUAGCCAACAGUUCCCUCGUACCUGCCAUCUGUUCGUAUCUUAGGAAUGAUUCAGUGCUGGACAUGUCGCGGCACAUCCCGCUGUACGUGUGCGUGCUGCGGUGCGCGCGCGGGCUGGCGUCGCUGCGGAGCGCGCGCCUCGCCGCCCCGCUGCGUCCGCUGCCGCGCCUGCUCGCCCAGAUGAGCCGCACCACCAACUCCUACGCCACUAAACUCAAAAUGAGUAAGAAGACGAUAUUUGGCAAGAUGACCUACAGCCAACGAUUCUGUCCAGCCACUAAUUCCGAAUUAUCGGAAGAGGACGAGGGAUUAGCUUCACUAAUUGCCGAUAUACAGGCCACGUCAGCGAUGAUGUGCAGCGGCAACGUGACCGGCUGGGAGGAGGCGCGCGGCACUCCCAACGCGCCGCCGGCCUCACGCGAGGCUCGGUACAUCCAGCUCAUGAGGACUAUGCAAUUCGAUACGUACGAGAUGAUAGCCGAGUGCCCGGAGGCCGGGUUCAAGUUCACCGUGCCGUACCACUUCGAGGGCACCGUGCGCGCGGCCGGCGAGCGCUCGCACCCCGCGCGCGUCAAGCGGCUGGCGCAGGAGGCCGCCACGCUCGCCACCAGCCUGCCGCUCUCCUACUCCUCCUCCGUCUUCGUGCGGUACGACGCCGUCAGGCUCGACGUCAUGAAGGUUUUGAUAACCGGCCCAUCGGAUACGCCGUAUGCGAACGGCUGCUUUAUCUUGGACGUGUACUUCCCUGCCGAGUACCCAUCGGUACCGAUGCUCAUAAACCUGGAGACGACGGGUCGCCACUCGGUCAGAUUUAACCCUAACCUCUACAACGACGGCAAGGUCUGCCUCUCCGUACUCAACACCUGGCACGGCAGACCUGAGGAGAAGUGGAACGCUCACACAUCAAGCUUCUUACAGGUAUUAGUGUCGAUCCAAUCACUGAUCCUGGUCCCGGAGCCGUACUUCAACGAGCCGGGAUACGAGCGCAGCCGGGGCACGCGCGUGGGCAGCACCGCCUCCCUCGAGUACAACUCCAACAUAUACCAGGCCUGCGUGCGGUGGGCCAUGCUGGAACAUCUACGGAACCCGGAACCUUGCUUUAAAGAGGUGAUUCAGACUCAUUUUUGGAUAAAACGAAAUGAGAUAAUGCAAACUGUGGCGAAUUGGAUAACUGAGCUAGAGGGACAGGGCGGAGACGAGCGCACGCAGAGGAGCAUACAACUGAACCUCAUGGGGCUCAAGCGUCACUACGUUAAGCUGCAAGAGGAGCUCGCGAAGUUGCCGGUGCCGGCUGGCCUCGAGGAGCUGGACGAGCCGUUCCAGCUGCCCGCCGCGCCGCCCCGCCCCGCGCCCCCGCCCGCCGCGCCAGAGCCCCGCCCCGCGCCGCCUUCCGACGACGAGAUCGAUCACGACAUGGAGAAGAUCGUCGCUUCCUUCCUCGACUGAGCGCUGGCCCCUCCACCGGCCUGCGCCUCGACACCGCGCGGGGUGGGCGGAACAGGAAUCGAUCUCUUAGUCGAGCCUGCGUUUGCGAGCGCAGCACCGCACCGACAGCUUCCCGCGAGUCGCCCGCCGCCAUGGCGCCACCGUCGCGGCCGCACCCGUAUUCAGUACACUAGUACCGUUCAUAUCUUUGUAGCGAGUUUAUUGUUCGUAAUGAAUGUUUUCAUUUUGUAGUAAACGUUUUACAUAAGUGUUUAGGAUUAGUGAGAUCUUUGUUCGGUUCGUGAAUGUACCCCGUGUCCCGAUGUGUUUACCGUGUGUGUGUGUGUAGUGUCGAUAAAUUGUAAAAUAGUUCAAUUAAGAAGUCUGCCGAUAUAUUAUGUAAUUAACUUAGCACAAGUUAGUGAAUUCAUAUUUACGUAUAAUAUUGGUGUUAUCGUGUUAGAUUUAAUGUUCGGUACUCUAUAGGGGAGUCUUCAGGUACCGAUCACUCGAAAUAUGUACGGGCUAAUCGCGGGUAUAUACAGAUAGAGCGCCUUGCUGUGUCGCAGUGCGAGAUGUUCACUAGAAUGGGGUGUGUGUGUGUACAUUGUCGCGUGUCGGGACGACCGAACGAACGCCUCGCGAACAGAAACUUGUAUAUUAAAAUAUAAUUUGAUGUAUAUAAUAACGUUUUAUUUUUUGUAUUUAAGUACAUAUAAAUAAAUAAUUUAAUGCGCUCUCAAAGAGUAGGCAAAGGCGGAAUGAUACGUACGACUAGUUUGAUAAAAUGUAAUAUGAAUGAAUAAAAUUUUAACACUCGGGUAUAAAAAUUGUAUAGGCCUAGCCGACUCAGUCAUUUUAUUUAGGGGACAAUAAUUUUAUUUAUCAUUUAGACAGUAACAGUGUUAUGUUAUUGAAACGAGAAAUUAAUUUGGGAAAACUUGUUAACUAGCUCAAAAUGAACGUUAUUUAAGCUCGUGGUAAUUUUUAAAAAAAUGACGUAUGUAUUUAUCUUACUGAGUAUUAUUUUAAAACAAGACUGUUUACUUUUUCAGUGAAUCAUCUAAAUUAUGUCUUCGUAACACUGUGUAGGCUGUGUUUUAUGUAAUUACGUACGCGUGCUGCGUGCACACGACGCUCCUGGGCCCUCGACGAAAUUAUGUAACGUGUAUUAUAAAUAUUAGAAUGUAUUAUAUAACCUGUCUCGUUGUAAUUUCAUUGUCAGGUAAGUUGAACACGAACUUGUUAUAUUUGACUGUGAAUUUCGGUGUGUAAAUAAAAAAUAUGUUAUCGCAGUACAAA